AGGGAGGAGAAUAAAUCAAAAUAACAUCAUUUAAAGGAAACUAAAACUGACUCGAGGUUUAUCGAUAUUUUGUAGCAUUAAAACCUUGAAAUCUAAUAUUUCUUGAUUUUAUUUAGAUGUGAUAUUGAGUUGUAUGAGUUAAAUCUUUAAAAAAAAAAGUUCUCACUUCAUUAUCAUUGCUCUGACGUCACUCUGAAAAUGACCAAUGAGGUGUUGAUUUCUACAAAUAAGUGAAGGAGCUAAUAGUGUGGGAAUUUAAAGUUCUUGAAGCUGUUAAAUGAACAUAGAAUUGAUUUUCUAUCAGCAAUGGCUUGCCCGUUCUCUACGACUAGGUUAAAUAAUUCUCUUGAAAAUGAUGUUGACGUAAAAAACUCCAGCUCAAAUGGAACAGAAACUACUGGAAUGCUAUACGGAGAGUACUUACAGUUGGAUCAGCUACUGAGCUGUGUAAAGCCUGCAUCUGAAAUCUAUGAAAAUGAAUGCGUUCACGAUGAACACCUCUUUAUUAUCACCCAUCAAGCUUACGAAUUAUGGUUCAAACAAAUUAUAUUUGAAUUAACCUCUGUAAGAAAAUUGUUUUCGAUGGAGCCAAUAGAUGAAAACAGAAUGCUACUAAUAACUUCCAGGUUGAAUAGAAUUGUUGUGAUUCUUAAGCUUUUGGUAGAUCAAAUUGUCAUUCUAGAAACAAUGGCACCGUUAGAUUUUAUGGAGUUCAGACACUUUUUAUCCCCGGCAUCUGGUUUCCAGAGUGUGCAAUUUCGAGUAAUAGAAAAUAUGUUGGGAGUAAGAAAUGAGAAUAGAGUAAAUUUCAGCAAGGACAAAUACAUAUCAGUUUUCAAAGAUCCCAAGUCCAUCAAUAAAAUAGUGAAAUCAGAAGAUGAAGCAUCUUUAUGUGAUCUAAUUCAGAGAUGGCUUGAGAGAACACCUGGAUUAGAACCAAAUGGAUUCAAUUUUUGGAAGAAAUUUGGAGAUUCGGUGUAUGCUCAGAUAGAGACUGUAAGGCUGCAAAUGGAGGACGAAACUAAUAUGAAAAUAAAAGCGGAUUUAGAAAAUGAGUAUAAACAGAAAAAGAGUACAUUUGAUAGCCUAUUCGACGUAGAAAAACAUGAAGCUUUAGUAUCUAGAGGUGAAAGGAGAUUCUCCCAUGCAGCACUGCAAGGGGCUCUCAUGAUUUCGAUGUACCGAGACCAACCCCGCUUCAACCAACCCUUCCAUAUUCUGCAACUUUUAAUGGACAUUGACGCAUACAUCACAAAAUGGAGAUAUAAUCAUGUUUUGAUGGUUCAGAGAAUGAUCGGCUCUCAACAACUAGGUACUGGUGGAUCUUCAGGAUAUUGGUACCUCAGAUCUACACUCAGUGAUCGAUAUAAAGUGUUCGUGGAUCUCUUCAAUCUAUCAUCAUUUCUGAUACCAGCUUGUUAUAUUCCUCCUCUAACACCCCAUAUGAAACAGCGUUUGUCCAUCAGACAAGAUUCAGAUAUCGAAGAAGAUGAUUAAACUAUUCGAUUUGACUACGAAUCCUAUGCAUAAUUUGAGAAAGAAUGCAUUCCUUUUUUUCUAUAUUCACUAUAAAUAAUACACGAAUUCUCCAUUAGCAAUUUUGUAUUUUGCUAAAUUAUGAUAAAGGUCGUUGUAUAUUACGUUAAGAUUAAGAUGCAGAAGUGGUUAAAUUGACAAUUUAAAUUGAUUUCGAAGUUUAUGCAUAGCUUAAUAUUAAGGAACAGUUUGAGAGACGAGCUUGAAAGAUAGGUUCUUUAAUUCUUUUCUAUGAUCACUACAAUAAAAAGCAUUUGUUCUGUACUAACUUUUCUUAAUUGUGUAAAAUUAUUCUUUAUUAUGUUAGGAGCAGCAGCUCAUUGUGUCAAGAUUAUUGUAUUGUUGAUUUGACUUUGAAGCGUGCGAACUUGAAAGAAAUGUGUUAAUUUGCCAUAUUCACCAUAAAAAUGCAUUCGUUCUUCACUAGCCAUUCUUGAUCAUGUUAAAUUCUCGAAUACAUUAAUCAAACUCGCUCGAGUUGCUCUUUGUUAUGUAAAAAUUUAUGCAAAGACACUGUAAAAUUAACCAUCUGAUUUGAUUUGUAAGUAUAUAAGUUAAAAUUGAACAAAAGGUUUAUGCUGCGAAGUUUAAAGAAUUGUGUUAUUCCUUUCUAUUGUCACUAUAAAAAGGCAAAAUAGAUUUGUUCUACUUUAGUUAUUCUUGAUUAUGCAUAAUUAACCACUAUUAUGCUAAGAGUUAAGAUUUAGAUAUAGAGGAAUUUAAAUUUACCGUUCGAUUUGAUUUUGAAGUAAAUGCAUUGUUUAGAAUUCUAAAAAUUGAACAAUAGCUUUAAUUAGCGAAUGUGAAAGAAAUAUGUUACACUUCUAUAUUCGCCAUAAAAGAAUGUAUUUCUUUUGUAUUGGCUAAUCUUCAUCAUGUCAAUUCUAUCUUCUUUAUUAAUUUAAGAGCUAUUAUUUAUUAUGUUAUGAUUUAUUAUGUAAUGAUUUAUUAAUAGAAGUGGUUAAAUUAACAUUUCUACAUAAUUCUGAAGUAUACGCAUAGCUAAAAAUUCUUAAAGAAGAAAAAUAAUUUUAUUUUGCGAACUUGAAAUAAAUAUGUUACUCUUUUCUAUAUUCACCAUAAAAUAUGCAUUUAUUCUACUGCAUCUGUUCUUAAUUGUGUUAAAAAAAUAAUGUUAAAAGCUAUCCUUUAUUAUGUCAAGAUUUAGAUACAGAAGAGGAUAAAUUAACCGUUUGAUUUGAUUUGAAGUUCAUAAAUAACUUGAAAUUAAAUAAUAUGCUUGCGAAAUUGAAUGAAAUGUAUUAUUCCUUCCCAGGAACACUGUAAGAUAAAAAGGCAUUUGUUCUGCAUUAAUUCUUUUGAUUGUGUUAAAUUAUUCAUUAUACUAUUAUGAUUUUCAAUUAUUAUAUCGAAAUUCAAACAUAAAAGGGAAUAAAAUUAACUUUUGAUUUGAUUUUAAAGUAUCUGCAUAACUUAAAUUUAAACUAUAAGUUUAAAUAUGCGAAUUUGGAAGAUGCAUGCGUUUAUUUUAUUACAUUCUCUACAAAAACACAUUCAUUUGAAUUAGAUAUAUUUAUUUGAGUUAGAUUUUUGAAAAAAAUGCUGGAAAUUUUAGAUCCUAGUUUAAAUACAUUAACAAAAUUUAUUAUGAUAAGUGUUACUAUUGCUGUUUUUGCCAUUUUUUAAAGAUAAUUUAAAGGGAGUUAGGAAAUUUUUUAAAAUGAAAGGUGAGGGCAGCACCUCAAACUAUUCUUCAAAAUAAAUGCUUCAGUAUAAAGUUCACGAUUAUUUAUAAUCUCAUUCUGUAGAUAAUCCAAUUCUGUAAGUGUACUGUGAGAAGGAUUUUGUAUUUGAAAAUUCUGAGCAAGCUUCGAAAAGUUCUUUCUUUAUUCAAAAGAAAAAAAUCAGCUGUUUGAGCUUAUAAGAAUUUUAAAAAGAGAGAUAUUGAUAAAACCUUUAUGCUACAUAUUUUGUCGAUAUCCUGAUAAAUCUACAAAAAAAAAUUUUUACAAAUAGGAAAAAGGACAAGAUUUUCUAUUAUAGGUUCGUUUGUGCUGUAUGUUACAGAGCUCUUUAUUAUUUGCUGUAACUGCUGUGAAAUUUCGAGAUAUUAUUAAGAAAAUGUAAAACAAAAAAUUAAAAAGUAGGUUUUUAGAAGAGUGCAAUAUAUCCUAUUUGAGUCAAAGUGUAUUUAAUUAAUUAUUUAAAUUUAAAAAGCUAACGAAAGAGAAUGAUCAUACUUAAAAGUAUUUCAGACGAUCAAAUGAAAAUCGAACUCACGCCAUUCACAUCAAACUGAGAUAAACGUAUCUAUGCUACCAUCUGUAGGAUAAGAGAACUACAUACAAGUUUAUAUAGUUGUUUACUGCUCUAGAGAUGCAAACUACAAAAAAUGUGUUCGUCAAGCAGUAAAAAUAAAAGCAAAAAAGAGAAAGAAAAAAAGAAGAAAAGUGAGGUUUGUUUCUUGAUGGGAUUGGAAUACGCAAAAUCACGAAUAGCAGAAGAGAUUCUGCGACAGGCACAUAUCCGUGCGAGACAAUUAGUUCCUUGAUAAAGUUUAUGGAGAAAUUACGCAACAUAAUAUUUGUAGUUGCACGGAUUGAUGGUCUGAAUUGAGAAAGAAAUUCGUUUACGGGCCGGCAUCAAGAAUAAAGAUGGAGGCAAGCAAGAAAAAGAAGUGUGGUUUGUUUUCUUGUGGCUUAGUAUGGUUGACACGUGAAAUUCAUCUUCACAUAUGAUGCAUAUAUUGAACAUUAUAUGUCUCUGACAAAUAUCCACAAGUGGCAGAAGAAAUUCUGCAACGGGAGUUUAACCGAGCGAGAUAACGCGUACAUGGAACAGGCCUAUCGAGGAAUUAAGCCUGUUGUAAUUGUAGGAAUUGAAAGCUUGAAUUGAGAACAAUAAAUCACAGAGGUGAAAUUUGUGAUAAGGUGACCGUUUGUCCUGUCUCCGUGCUUGCUAUUAUCAAAACUUACCGGCAGUUCUGAAAGAGUUUCAUGCAGUAGUCUCUGCAUCUACUUCUGGAGGGACAAAAGAUUCUCAAAAUGGCUGCAUGACCGAAUCAUUUGUUGCAGUACUUUCAGGUAAAGUACUUAUUCCUGUCACGUAUCACCACAGGGAAUAAAACAAGCAUAAAUAGAAACAAGAAAAAUCUCCAAGAGGCCUUCUUUUUGGACUGCGGUAGAUCUCUGUCGACUUGCACCCUUCUGCAACUGAAAAACGAACCUGCGAUUCGAAUCUCGUGUACACUUUCGAUUGUUGUUCGAUUGCGACCGGUUAUUGCAAUUCAAUUGUAAUAUUACGUCAAAAUUGAAUUAGAAGGGUUACCCCUAGAUUAAGCUUAUCUUUUUUGAUAAUUAAUGUGUGCUUUUUGAAAAUUCAUGUGUUUGAUAAUUCAUGCGUUAUUCCUUCGCCAAUGAAAAAAAUUCGAAGCCAUUUUAGCAAAUGUGGGUUGGGAAGCAUUUUUAACUAUGCUUUUUGAAUUCGCGUCUGUUCGCAGAGUAACGUCUUAUACGUUCCUGUAAUCAUCUGGUAUAUUACUAAACCUCUUCAAAUAUUUUACAGUAUUAACUACAUUAUUUUUUAAAUUGUUUUACAGUAGAAGUGAAUAAUUGUUUGAUUAAAUUUUGGAUAUUAAAUGACGAUAAAUUUUAUAUGAUGAUAAAUUUUCAUAUGUAGGACAUUUUUAGACAAAUUUUUCAAAGUUCUCACGAUUAUGAAUUGUAAAUUUUUGUUAAUGUCAUGAAAGCAUUUUUCUACAUUCUUCUCAUUAUAUAAAAAUUUGUAAUUCUC